AGAAAAGUACGAAGGAGGGAAAAAAAAAACAGAGUGGCUGCCCAGAGAAGUCGCCGGAAACAGACGCAAAAAGCGGACAAGUUACACGAGGAAUAUGAAUGCCUGGAACAGGAAAAUUCCUCUCUUAAGAGGGAGAUUGGAAAACUCACGGACGAACUGAAACACUUGAGCCAAGUAUUGAAGGACCAUGAACAGAUAUGUCCAUACUUACGCUGCCCGGUGAACUUUGUGACUGUGCCCAGAGUGGCAGAUCCCCUAUCCGGCUGCUUGCCCCGGUGA